GAAAUGUCUUCCAAUUGGGAAAAAUUAAGAAAAAAACUCGAUAGUACAAAAAGUGGACGAAUUGAAAAGAAAACAGGGAAAAAGGAGAAUCUUAAGCAUAAAAAACAAGUUUCCAAUGGAAACGAACGUGCUUCUCAAGAUGGAUUACAGAUUAAUGAUACGCGUAUGAAAGAAUUAAAAGAUUUUGCUCGGGAGCAUGAUCUUUCUGAAUCGCAAGUGUUCGAUGCGUAUGGUGUGGAUGCUGGUAACUUAACGCGAAAAACCAAUUUGGAGACUCUUGGAAAGUAUAUUGCAAUGGACUGUGAGAUGGUUGGAGUUGCUGAUGACAUGUCUGUGCUGGCUCGCGUUAGUAUCGUCAAUUAUCAUGGACGGGUCGUUUAUGAUACCUAUGUUAGACCAAAAGAACGUGUGACGGAUUGGCGAACUUGGGUAAGUGGUGUCAAGUCAUUCCACAUGCGAGACGCUCCUCCUUUUGAGAAAGUUCAGAAAGAGGUUGCCGACGUUUUAGAGAAUCGAGUUCUUGUUGGACAUGCGAUUCAGAAUGAUUUAAAGGUUCUACUCUUGUCGCAUCCACGUAGAUUAAUUCGAGAUACAAGCCGAUUUUCUGGGUUCCGAAAAUUGGCAAAGGGAAAAACACCUUCUCUGAAGAAACUCGCUCAGCAGGUUCUUGGCAGAGAUAUUCAAUCUGCACAGCACUCUUCGGUUCAAGAUGCUCAAGCAACUAUGGAUUUGUAUAAGCAUGUAAAAAAGGAAAUGGAUGAACCUUACUUUAAACGUGGCUUUAAGGGAUAGCCACUUUAGGUCUCUCUUCGAUCUCUAUUUUUUCGCAACCUUUCGCUCUUUCUUGAUAAAUGGUUUUCUAAGAUACUAGGUCAAGGUGCUUCUAGAGAAGCACCCGCUACUACUUUUUGUAACGC